AUGACAUUUUUGGUGAGCCCAUACCGCUUGGUGGAGCAUACUGUUAUAUUGUUAUUGCUCUUCUCAGGUAUCUAAUUGUUAAUUUUUUUGUUACUCUUCUACAUUUUUAUGGGUUAAUAAACAAGCUCAAGAACUUAGAAAUUGUUUGUUUGAGUAUUUGGAAUAGAGGCCGUCGAAUUCUGUAAUCACCUACGGGUUUUAACGAAGUGUCAAAACGCCCAAUCAAUAGUGACAUUUCGUGUACCACAAAAAAUAUUGGCCGCUCUGUUGAAUUUUUUCGGAGGAGGAUCAAAGUUUUCGUCCGCUUUAUCACGUUUAUUUUUAGCGUUGUUUUGCAAAGUUAUUCUUACUUUAUUUUCGCUUUCAGAGCCAAACUGGGUCCGUCCAACAUCCGCAAGCCACGGCGGUGAAGAGAAUGUACCGUUUUGGUCCUCUCACAACAUCAUUGAGGUAGGCUGAGUUUAUGAUUUAGAUUUUCUUUUUUUAGGCAACUUGACCAAGUUUUUGACGAGUUCUGGAUUUUUGAUUCCUAGAAGAAUAUAAUUUAUUAUUUUUGAUGGAGAAAAGUUUGUGGAAAAGGUUUUUAUUUGACAAAAUUAUAUUGGUUAAAAAAUUGUCUUGCUUAGAGAAACUAUUGAUGAUUGAUUUGAUCGGUAAUAGAAUUAGUUAUUUAUUGGGGUUUUUUAUGCCUAGUACAACAAAUUUGUUAUCCAGAAAUUGUUGUUUAUCCUCUGGUUUCUUUAGGCUAAGUCUGGUUCGACGUGCCGGAGUGAGCGCCGUUCCACAGUUUGUUCCAUCCGAUGGAAAUGCACUCACUUUCCCCAUCCAACGUUUCAAUAUUUACCAACCGAAGAGAUUUGAUGUAAUUAAGGAAAGGAAACAGUUCCAAAGCCGGAGGAUUCGCAUACGACGACCUGAAGAGACGGAGGUCGAGGCAAUUCAGCGAUUGUGCGAUCAGAUUAUCAAUGACAUGAAUGAGGACAAAUUUUUGUUCAACUUGACCGAUCAGUAAGUGUUUAUAUAUUUUUGUUUUGAUUUUUAGGUACUUAUCGAAAGAUUUUGAAGUCGACUCGUGAUAAAUCAAUUUCAGACAAGUCUCCAAUCGAAUGUGCACAAUAUCGCCAAAAGUUGCGGUGGAUUUAGCAAUAAAUAUGUUCGAAAAAGAGGGUCUCGAGAAGACGAUCGAAUUCUUAAACGGGUGCAAGAAACGGUUCACAAUCAGGUCAAGUAAGUAGUCUAAUAUUUGUAGGACAUUUUAAUCUUAGAUUUACUAGUACAUAUUUAUAUUGGAGACAGUUAAUUCUGGAGAUAUUGAAUUUUCUUUCCACUGACACCUAAUGUAAUAUAAUUUUUGUGAUUUUGUGCCAUUUUUUUGUUGUUCUUUCGUUUUGAUGCUAUAUUUUUAUUUUCAGAGGCAAAGCCGAGUAUUGAAGUAAUCCAGAAAGUCCGAGAAUUAUAUCGAAGACUCUUUGAAACAGUAGAACUCUCGGACCCUAUGACCCUUCAGCUCAGUGACGCCUUAAUUCGAGCUGAGAUUGUUCAAACACCGGACAUUUUCCUCGAAGAAUGCGUAAAACGGAAUCUGGAAAAGUAAGUUACCCAUUUUUUUGAGUGAAUUCCGAUUUUAGACACAAUUUUGGAGUGGCGUUCGGGUCGUUUGCUUCAAAAUCAGCUGCCGAACGGAGUGUUUCCGGCUGCAGUCAUCUUUUUGACUUUAUUUUGGCCGACGAACAGGACUUUCAAUGCGUCCGAGAGCAGAGGAUAAGUAAGUGUAAUAUAAAUUUUGGCCCAAAAAUUGUCUUACUCUUUCAGAAAUGGUCGUAAACCAUGUUCAAAGCCUGAAAACGCCGGCGUAUGCCCUGGCUGAGCUUGUAACGGCCUCGCUGAAGAUGAAUAAGAUGCAAGACGCCGAGAUUUUGGUCAAAUAUUUUGUCGUGAAACCCCGGAAUUUUGUCGAAUGUGUCAAAAGACUCCGCGAAGAAUGCGAUUUGGUGACAUUGGAACGGUUUGGAACACUCUUUGCCAAGUGUUAUUAUGAACAGUUGAGGUCGAAACCAAAAAAAGCGAAGAAAUCGACAAAAAUUGGGGAGAAUUUAGAGAAAUCAGAUGUGGAAGUGGAAGAAGAAGUGACUCCGGAGGUCUUGGGACAAUUUGAAUUCCUGGUAAAGGAAGCUCAAGCCAAAAAACGAAGGAGAAAGUUCACUUUGGCCAAGAAGACGGUCAAAAAACACGAAAUCGACCCAAAACAGCUGGAUUUACUGACCAGAGUGUUUGUAAAUGUAUGGAUUAACUCUGCAGGUAGGUUGGGAAAAUCAGCUUUUGUAAUGUGCAGUAAAUUUUGGACGUUUUUGGUUAGUAAUUUUUUGAUUUUUUGGCAAUUUUUGAGUUUGUUACCUAAAAUUUUUUAAAUUUGAUUUUUUCAGUGGAAAAAGCCGAUACGAAUUCGCUGGCCACACUGUUCGAAUGGGUAUCCUAUCACAAUGUGGAACUACGAGAAUUUCAAUUCGAUCGCCUCAGGGAAUGCCAUAUCAAAGCCGGAAUUCCAAAUCCAUUCAGCAAACUCCAGAAGAAUUCAAAUCAAAUCUCGGAGAGGGCCCAAUUGCAAGGACUCUUCUGA